AUGGUGAAGGGCACGGCCGAGACUCCCGAGGCACCCAAGGUAGAAGCCAAGGCGGAAGCCAACGGGACCAACGGGACCAACGGGACCAACGGAGCCAACGGAGCCAACGGAGCCAACGGACACAGCCAGCCCAGCCUGAUCUGGGAGGUGGUUGGUGGUGCCGACAAAGGCGGCAUUUUGGUGCGCGACGGCGAGAGCACAUCUUCCACACAGCUGACUGCACGCUUAAGCACCGGUGCCACCGUGGAACAGCUCGAGUUGAAGGGCCAGCGACUUCAUUAUCGUCUCAAGACAGGAACUGGACCAGAAGAAGGCUGGAUUAGCAUCGCUCUUUCAGGGAAAGACCUGGCGGUGCUUCUGACGCACGUUCCGGUGGCGAAGCGCGACACCGAGCCGCGCUGCCUGGCGGAACUUGCCAAGGCCCCCGUGCCAUGGACGCCGGUCUCAAUGCCUCAGCUGCAAGAGAAGCACAUGCAGAUGGCACCUGGCAUCAUUUACAAGAUAGAUUUUCCCUUCAAUGCCGAAUUGCUGCAGAAGAUGGGGCCAGCGUGGCUCACCAAAGCCUUCCAUACUGCAGGCUCCAUACCCAAGGACAACAAGGUGAAAACAUUGAAGAAUGUCAAGGAGUACAUUGGAGGAGGGAACUGCUCAAAGCUUGUAUUCGACGUCGAGUAUGAGAAGCCAGCAGCAGAUUUGCAUACUGAGCUCUUUGCCAAGAUCCCUUUUCCACUGGGCGGCAGCACGCUGUCAGAUCGAAUGGCUUCAUCAGUAAUGCAGACUGGAAGCGAGCUGGGAGAACUGAACGCCCAAAGACUACUAGAGUCGCGGCUGCCAUUCAGUGUUCCAAGAUACUACUUCGGUGAUGUGUCCAAUGACACCUCAAACUGGAUCUUGAUCACUGAGAGGAUACCUUUCGGUAAGCAAGAUGGUGACAGAGCCAUGGAUCCUGCCUAUGACAAGAUGAAGGAUUGGGAGCUGAAAGGGUCUCAAAAUGAGUACUACUUUUUGCUGACCACCUAUGGUGCCAGGAUGGCAGGCAUGGACAAGGCAGAGGCACUGGCCUCACGAGCCGUCAUGGAUAGUUUCUUUCCAUCCGCUGCGCAGCGGCCGAAAGAGCAUUGGGGAAUGCGCGCUGAAAGCAGCGGCAUUGGUGAGAAGGAGUUCAAUGCAAAGAUCAAGAUGGGGGUUGACUUUGUUGGUACGACAGGCAAAGCACUUUUCCCAGCAGAGUGUGCCACACCAGCAUUCUUGCAGAAGUACAAGAGAAUACUUGCUGUUUCGAAUGCUUACACGGCUGAGAUGCAGUGGUGGUGCAAUAGAAAUCCUGACUACAUCGCAUGGAGCCACGGCAAUCUCAAUGUCGACAACGUUUUCUUUUGGAGGGAUGCCGACAAGAAGUUGGAUCUUGGCGUUCUCGACUGGGGAGGCGCGCGAACGGACUCCGUCGGAUGGAAACUUUGGUGGUGGCUAUACUGCUGUGAAUACGACUUCUUGAACAAAAACCUAGAUGACUUGCUGGACUGCUUUAUCAAAGAAUAUGAGGCUAGCGGCGGUCCGAAAUUGGAUCGUGCGGAACUUCGUUGGCAGUUCACAUUGUCGGCGCUGCAACAGGGCGUAGGUCUAUUGGGUGCAGUGCCACAGAUCUACAAGAUGUGCAAAAAAGCCGAGUUUGCCACCAUCAAAGAUCGAUUAGAUCCUCGUAUUUCGCAGAACAUCGAUGGUAAGAACACCCUCAGGAUCUACAUUGGAACCUUCAUCAACAUUUGUAACAUGAUCAAAGACUGGGAUAUCGAAAGCCAGCUGGACAAGUGGGUGAAAGAAGUUUGCUCCGCCAUCGGCAUCCCAGAGAAAAAGGUGGUCGUGGAGUGA